CUCAACAUGAACGCAAGUAAUCUUUCUCAUUAAAAUAUAUUUGUUUGUUAUAAGAUCGUUUCUUUUGAGUUAACUAUCUGACUGGAUUUGAAAUAUAACACUUUUGAAUUUGGAUCAGUAUAUGUACACUUUUCUCAAAAGGUUUCCACAAUUUUGGCCACUACUGUAUAAAGCAUAUAAAGAACGGAUGCAGGAAUGGGUUAUGUCUAGUUUAAUUAAAAGAAAGACUAGGGAUGACAUGAUAGCAGCGUUCCAAUAUUUGAGGGUCAGCCACAAAGAGGAGAGGGUCAACCAAUUUUGCAAAGCACCUGAAGGCAAGACAAGAAGCAAUGGCUAGAAACCUAUCAAGGACAGGACCAACUUAGAGCUAAAGAGAAAUUUCUUGACAGUUAGACAAAAGAAAUGGAUGUUCCAUCACUGAAUGUUGUUAAGAGUUUGGACAACUGUUUUUCUGAAAUGGUAUAGAGUUCCCCACCUGAGCAGGGAGUUGGACUAGAAGACCUCUUAGAUCCCUUCCAACUCUAUUAUUCUGUUAUUCAUCAGUUAAAGCCCCCACAUCUCUAAAAUUAGCUCAAAAGCUUUGAUUUUAACCAUUUUGGGAGAUUUUUCCAAGCUUGAAAGACAUAGGUUUUCUCCAUAUACACAUUUGUGUGUAUGUGUGUGUUUGUAUUUCUCUCUGUAUGCGUAAAUCUGCAAUUAUAAAAUCUAUUCCCAGCACUUCCAGAUAUAUUUGAUGAUAACCCUUUGUAUUGCUAAGAAUUUGUGAUUGAUCCAAGUCAACAAAAGAAUUUCAUGAUUGAACGGAUAUCUGAAUUUGGAUGUGUGUAAUCUUCCAUGUAUCAAAUGAAUCAUAAUUAAUGUACGAGGUUAUUCUAGUAUUGUGGCAUGUUUGCUUUUUCAUUGUAAUGUAUUUAUUUUUCUUUUUUUUUCACAUCUCUAACCAUUUAAUUACACUUUUCUUUGAAUCUUAUAGACAAAGAGGAUGGCAAUAAAAGGACUCUGGACAGCUAAGAAUAACAAGCAACAUUGAAAAGGAAAGCAAACUGAGCCAGAAAUCAAAAUAUUUUCCAUUUCCUUCAGAAAACCACACAAUUCUCCCUCUCCUCCAGCCGCUCUUAGAAAAAAAUAGAAAAUCAAGAAAGAUUUCAAAUUGGAAUAAGUAGAUUAUUCAGAACUCAAGGAUACAUUACAUGAAAAAUGAAGGGAGAUUAUUUUUCAUUCAGUAAAAGAGGGAAAUAUGCGGAAGUCAGUUGAAGGAAAAGGUAAGUAGGAAAGUCACGCAGGCCUCGCCCUUUGAGGAAGAAAACGGCUUGAAUGAAGGCUCCACUAAACAAGGGAUUGUCCAUAUUUUUGACUUCCUCAAGAAUAUCAGCUGUGGAAAACUCUGUACAUGUGUCUCUUGUUGGAAAAGCACAGAUUGCAAAUCACAACUGAUUGCACAAGAGGAGCCACACAAGAGAAAAGCCAUAAAAGCACUCCUAGUGCAGUAAAAGCUUUAGUGAGCAUGGCAAUGUGGUGAUACAUCAGAGGAUUCACAGCAGGGAGAAAACCUAUGACUGUACUGAUUGUGUAAAUAUUUCAUUAGAAAUUCCCAUGUCAUGAGACACCAGAGGACUCACACAGGAGAGAAACCCUUUGAAUGUCCAGAUUGUGAGAAAAGUUUCAAUGACAAGUCCACCCUUGUGAAACACCAGAGGACUCACACAGGAGAGAAACCCUUUGAAUGUCCUGAUUGUGGGAAAGGUUUCAGUCAGAGGUCCAGCCUUGUGAAACACCAGAGGAUUCACACAGGAGAGAAACCCUUUGAAUGUCCUGAUUGUGGGAAAAGGUUCAAUGACAAGUCCAGCUUUGUGACACACCAGAGGACUCACACAGGAGAGAAACCCUUUGAAUGUCCUAUCUGUGGGAAAGGUUUCAGUGACAAAUCCAACCUGGUGAGACACCAGAGGACUCACACAGGAGAGAAACCCUUUGAAUGUCCUGAUUGUGGGAAACGUUUCAGUUGCAAGUCCAACCUACUGAUACACCAGAGGACUCACACAGGAGAGAAACCCUUUGAAUGUCCUAUCUGUGGGAAUGGAUUCUAUUACAAUUCCAGCCUGGUGACCCACCAGAGGACUCACACAGGAGAGAAACCAUUUGAAUGUCCUAUCUGUGGAAAAAGCUUCAGUGAGAAUUCCCACCUAGUAUCACACCAGAGGACUCACAUAGGAGAGAAACCCUUUGAAUGUACUGAUUGUGGGAAAGGUUUCAAUCACAAGUCCAACCUGGUGUCACACCAGAGGACUCACACAGGAGAGAAACCCUUUAAAUGUCCAGAUUGUGGGAAAGGUUUCUAUCACAAGUGGUACUUGGUGACACACCAGAAGAUUCACACAGGAGAGAAACUCUUUGAAUGUCCUAUCUGUGGAAAAAGUUUCAGUGAGAAUUCCCAACUGGUGAGACACCAGAGGACUCACACAGGAGAGAAACCCUUUGAAUGUCCUGAUUGUGGGAAAAGCUUCAGUCUAAAGUCCAACCUGGUGACACACCAGAGGACUCACACAGGAGAGAAACACUUCCAAUGUUCUGAUUGUGGGAAAAGUUUCAGUCAGAAUUCCAGUCUUGUGACACACCAGAGGACUCACACAGGAGAGAAACCCUUUGAAUGUCCUGAUUGUGGGAAAGGUUUCAGUCAGAAGUCCACCCUGGUGAAACACCAGAGGACUCACACAGGAGAGAAACCCUUUGAAUGUCUUCAUUGUCGGAAAAGUUUCAGUGAGAAUUCCAGCCUUGUGAAACACCAGAGGACUCACACAGGGGAGAAAUCUUUCAAAUGUCCAGUCUGUGAACGUUACUUUACUCAUAAAUCAUCCCUUAUUGCACACAAGAAAAUCCACAUGAGGCAAAAGUUGAAGAAUUUAGAAAAGGCUUGAAAUUCAUUUGUGAUCUCCCAUUGAAACUGUAGGU